AUGGCUUCUCCCAUGCCGGAGCUUGGUUACUCGUCACCAGUAUCAACAACAUCAUCCCAUGGAAGAGUAUUCCGAGCAAAUGUUGGGCUCGGUAUUUCGGACUGCGGGCUUGAAUCUUCCUAUGAUCCUAUGACGAGGUACUCCAAUCAAGUACCAUUUCCUGUGAAUCCUACCAUGUCGAAUAACCUCAUGUCGGUCGAGAACAUCUAUAACCUCCCGUUAGAGGCCGACGAUUUCUGCGGCAGGCCAUGCUACGAACUAUACAACGGCCACCCGAAUGCUCCACAAUCCUCGCUCGGUUUCUACGGAGCCCAGUCCAUGAGCAUGACCCACAGUUAUGAUCCUGCGAUGGAGGUUGGUGCUGGCCAAGGUGCAUAUCUGGGGCAAAUACACCAAAUGACAGGCCCCUGGGCUAAUACACCAACAAUCUCAGCACCACCGACGCCGAUACAGUCCAUACCUGCAGCAGCAGAUCGGACAAUGGAGAACCCGUGGGAUCAUGGAAUCUAUAUGGAGCCAAAUACUCCUUUUCAGUCACAGGCCAUACCGCAAUCUAGGACCUCCAAUGCCCCAAUCCCACUUGCAAACCAGAGCAGCGCAUGCAGACCGACCAGCGAGGAUCACAUUAAAAACAUACCCAUUGUUUCUCGCUCUCAAGGGUUAUCCGCCAGCGAGAGUACAGCCGAAGCUUCCAAGACAACCAAGCGAGGCAGGAAGCCGUCCGUGGAGAAGGGAUGCAACUGCCCUGUGUGCGGCUUCUACUUUACCAGGCGCUCGAAUUGUGUCGCCCACCAGAAGAAGAAGCAUGACCCCACUUUUCACCGAGCCAUCCCUUGUGAAGAAUGUAGCAAAUCAUUCGGAAGAAACGCAGAUCUCCGGGGACAUAUCGAUACCGUGAGUGGUGCCUUAUCUAUAGUCGAAAAGAUUGGAGCUGAUGAGUUUUGGCUAGGUUCACCGUGGGAUUCGCAAGCACGUCUGCAGAUGGUGCUCUCGUCGCUAUACUCGGUGGGAAAAUAUGGCAAAGUUAGUAAUGUCUCUUGA